AUGAUUGGGUCUUUGCGAGCUGGAACAAUGCAAGACAACUCUCAUGAAGGACAUAGUGGAGCAGUAAUUGAUGAGAUUGCUGCUUUUACUAGUGCUUAUAGAGAACGGCCAAAUGUCAUUUUGGUUCAUGCAGGCACAAACGAUAUAAACCAAGGGUUGAAUCUAGAAUCCGCUCCUCUUCGUGUGGAUGCUCUUGUUGAAAAGCUAUUAACGGCCUGCCCGGAUGCUACUAUCAUAGUUGCGCGGAUAAUUCCUUCCGGGCGAAUUGCGACGGCAGGGCUUGUUCCACCGUUCAAUACAGCUGUCGCAGCACUUAUGUCAACUCGAAUCCAAAAAGGGCAACAUAUCGUAAUUGCUGAUUUGUUUUCUGCCGUUCAAGCCGCGGAUCUUCCGGAUAAAACACAUCCAAACGACUUCGGGUACAACAAGAUGGCAGUUUCAUGGGGAAAUGCUAAAUCCUCAGCAGACUCAAUGGGUUGGAUCAGAGACCCAUUGGUACCUGUUCCAAAAUGUACUCAUGAUCCUACCUAGGUAGACCAGGGGCAGAUCGCCACCGGUUUUGGGCUGGGGAGUAAUAUUUGGCUAAGCGAGUCUUGUUCUUUGAAGUAAGUUCUCUGUGGUUGAUAUUUUGGGUUCAAAAUUGUUGAUUGGAAUAGUAAACAAUCCGGAACCUGCGAGUGCCAGAGCGGAUAUGUGCCAAUCACACCAGUCCUCCUGAAUUCCACCCAAAAAUGCGGUAUCCUGAUGCUCAAAUCACCGACGACUACGGCAGUCCACUUUGCAGACAUUGACGGAGAUGGCAGAGCGGAUUAUUUGUAUAUUAAUAAGACAGGAGCUGUCGCGGCUUUCCUCAACGUCGGGGAGGGAAACAACAUUUCAUGGCUUCCUCAAGGCCAAAUCGCCACUGCAGUUGGUGGGGACCGCGGCAAUAUACACCUCGCUGACAUCAACGGAGAUGGACGGGCUGAUUAUCUUUGGGUUCAUAAUAAUGGAAGUGUUGAUUGCUGGCUUAAUAUGGGCUUAAAGGCAGGAAAGGUCACCUGGCACAAGAAACAGACGAUAGCGGUGGGGUUCGGUAACGAUGGAGCGGGUGUGAGAUUUGCUGAUUUGAAUGGUGAUGGCCGUGCUGAAUAUAUUUAUGUCAACUCCAAUAUCUCUGUUGUGGUAUGGCUCAACGAAGGCUCUCCGGGUGGAGUGGCCAAUUCAGCGAUUGUUUCUUGGUUGGCACAAGGGGUUAUUGCGGUUGGGGUUCCUGGGAUGGGGCGAGACAAUGUUGUCUUUGCGGAUAUGAAUGGUGACCAAAAGGCUGAUUACCUAGCUGUUUCGAGGACCGAUGGGAGCGUAAGAUUGUGGUUGAAUGGUGGUGAAUCAGAUAACGGGGCAAAGGUCGGAUGGCUGCCUCAUGGUUCCAUUGCGGCUGGUGUUGGAACAAAUGGGCGGGGAGUGCAAUUUGCGGAUUUGACAGGCGACGGACGAGCUGAAUAUCUUGAUGUGGGAUACAAUACUUCUGCUGUCCAUGCCUGGAUGAGUAGUUGCUAG